CGCAAAAGGAGAGAGAUGAUCAAGUGAAGCUGUGGCGCGAGGUCAAUGAUAGAAUAUACUGGACUUGUAAAAGUUGUAAACCUGAUAAGGACGAAUUUAGGAUUAUUGGGUAUUUGCGUUCAGAUGUGACUCCCCUAUCUGCUGAAGAUAUCCAGGAUAUUAAUAAAGCUAUAAAUUUAAUAAAGCGGGCAUCAGAAGUUAUGGCUAACAAAUACAAAAUAUCAACACGGCGGGUGUAUCAAAUUUGGAGAGAAGCUCACCCACCAAUAGACCCUAAAGAUAUAAAACCAUUGUCAGAAGAACCUGGUUCAUAUCAGCAAGUGAAUCCU